GCACCCCCAAGUGGAGUGAACGUGAAUGUUUUCCAGUGACCCAACCCAAUCAGAUGAGUAGCGUUCUUUGUUAGUUGCUAGCGCCCAUACACAGGAGAGCUGGCCAUGGAGGCGACGGCGCUGAGCGUGGGCAAGUCCGUGGUGAGCGGCGCGCUCGGGUAUGCCAAGUCCGCCGUCGCGGAGGAGGCGGCCCUGCAGCUCGGCGUCCAGCGUGACCAGGCCUUCGUCCGCGACGAGCUCGAGAUGAUGCAGGCCUUCCUCAUGGCCGCGCACGAGGAGCGCGACGACGACAAGCACCGGGUGCUCAUGGCCUGGGUCAAGCAGGUCCGCGACGUCGCCUACGACGCCGAGGACAACCUCCAGGACUUCUCCGUCCAUCUCAACCUGAGGUCACCGUGGCGGCGCCUGCGAGCGCGGCGCCGCGUCGCCAGGAGGAUGAAGGACCUGAGGGCCCGGGUCGAGGACGUCAGCCAGAGGAACCUGCGCUACCAGCUCGUCAAGACCGCCGCCGCGUCGUCGUCGACGGCCGCCACCGCCGCCGCCGGCGACCUGUCGUCCAGCAGCGCGACGGCCGCGGCGGUGUUCGGCGUCGACGAGGCGCGGCGCGCCGCGAAGCGCGACGAGAGGCCAAGGCUGGACCUCGCCGACCUCAUCACCGUGGAAACCGAAGACCUCAGAGUGAUCGCCGUGUGGGGGACAGGCGGCGACCUCGGGCAGACGUCCAUCAUCAACGCGGCCUACGAGAACCCAGGGAUCAAAAACAGGUUCCCAUGCCGGGCGUGGGUACGCGUCACGCGUCCCUUCGAUCCGAACGAGUUCGUCCAGAGCUUGGUGAAGCAGUUCCGGCCGGCCGCCGGGGUUGGCGUUCUGCUGGGGAGAGAGAAGACCGGGCCGGAGUUGGCGGCGGAGUUCGCCGGACAUGUGAACGAGAAGAGCUACCUGAUUGUGCUUAAUGACCUGAAUGCCUUUGAGGAGUGGAAUGUGAUCAAGGCAUGCUUCCCAAACAACAAGAAAGGGAGCCGAAUCAUAGUGGGCACGCCACAGGUUGAAGUUGCAAGCCUGUGUGCAGGGCAGGAGAGCCAGGUAUUGGAGCUCAAGCAGUUGUCAGCUGGUCAGACUAUCUAUGCUUUCUGUGAUAAGGAUUAUCAGGAUCAAACAAAAUUACCAAUGCCAAAUGCAGCAACAACAAGUAAUGACUCAAUGGUACCCACCAAUGAGAUACUUGGGAACGAAUCGAAUGUUGGCGAUGAGAAGAAGGUGAUCACAAAGCGCCUCACUCGCAUCAGAACUAUAGCAAGUGAUUUGGAGGAAUCUCAAAUUAUCGGUCGAGAGAAAGAAAGGAUGGACAUCGUCAAACUCAUGUCAAAUCAAUCUACUCAAGAACUUCCAGUGAUCUCUGUGUGGGGAAUGGGCGGUAUCGGAAAAACCACUCUAGUGAAAUAUGUUUACCAAAGCCAAAAAAUUAUUGACAUGUUUGAGAAGACUGUUUGUGUCAUGGUGAUGCGUCCUUUCAAUAUCAAGGAGCUUCUUAAGAGCUUAAUUUUGCAACUACUAGAUGUAGCAAUUGAUUUCGGGGGUCGCAUAAGAAAAGAAUUAACUGUGAUGGGAGUUGAAGAAUUGAUGAAAGAGCUGGCAAGGCUCUUACAAGGAAAGAGGUGCCUAAUUGUUCUUGAUGAUUUGUCAUCUACUGCAGAGUGGGACUUGAUAAAACAGAGUUUCCCUAAAAUGGAAAAUACAAGUUGUAUCAUAGUCACGACAAGAGAAGAAAAAAUUGCGAAGCAUUGUUCAGUGAAAAGAGAAAACACAUACAAGCUUGAAAUUCUUGAAGACAAGGAUGCACUUGACCUUUUCACAAGAAAGGUAUUUAAGGAGGCCAUCAAUUUGGAUAAGCAUCCGGAACUUAAUGAACAAGCAAAACUGAUAUUGAAAAAGUGCAGUGGACUUCCCCUUGCAAUAGUUACCAUGGGUGGCUUCUUGGCAAACCAGCCAAAAACUGCUAUGGAGUGGAGAAAAUUGAAUGAGCAUAUUAGUGCCGAGUUGGAGAUGAACCCAGAGCUCAGAUCCAUAAGAACAGUACUUCAAAAAAGUUAUGAUGGUUUACCCUAUCAUCUUAAGUCCUGUUUCUUGUACAUGUCCAUCUUCCCUGAGGACCAGAAGGUUAGCCGAAGGCGUUUGAUAUGGAGAUGGGCUGCAGAAGGUUACUCAAGGGAGUUUCGGGACAGCUCCUCAGAAGAAAUAGCUGACGGAUACUUCGUGGAACUAAUAGAAAGGAGCAUGAUCCUACCAUCUCGGGAAUCAAUUCAUAGUAGAAAAGAAAUUGACUGUUGCCAAGUCCAUGACCUGAUGCGUGAAAUCGCCGUCUCAAACUCGGAAGAGGAAAACCUUGUGUUUAGCCUGGAGGAAGGUUGCAGCUCAAAUCCCCACGGCAUGGUUCGUCAUCUUGCCAUAGGCAGAGAUUGGGAGGGAGGCAAGGGUGAGUUUGAGAGUCUAGUGGACCUGUCCCAUGUACGCUCACUGACAGUGUUUGGGAGAUGGAGACCAUUUUUUAUCUCUGACAAGAUGAGGUUUCUGCGUGUGCUGGACCUGGAAGGUACGUUAGGGCUGUUGGAUCAUCACCUUGAGCACAUUGGGAAGCUUCUUCACCUCAGAUACCUUUCUGUAAGAGGAUGCAACGAUAUUGUUAGGCUACCAGAUUCCUUGGGCAAUCUUUCACAACUUGAGGCACUAGAUGUUGCAUUCACAUCGAUAUUGAAGCUGCCAAAGGCCAUCACCAAGCUAAGGAAGCUCAAGUAUCUCCGUGCUGCAUCCGUCGAGCAGGAUGACGACGAUGGUUUCAAAUCAAUUGUACAAGGCAUGCCGUACUUACUGCGUAACAAGCUGUGCAUCCUGACAGUGUCCUUGCUGGGACUUUGUGUGGGAUGCUGCUCACCAAAACUCCUUAAUGAGCGUACAAAGACUGCGGUUGGUGAUCUGAACAGGUGUGAUGUAUGGAACUUCUUCUGCUGCGCCAUGAUCCCUGUCAUGAUGUUCAACCAAGGCCCAACUCGAGUGCCAAGAGGUAUCAGGAAGCUGAAGGCGCUCCACACGCUGGGCAUGGUGAACGUGGCAUGGGACAAGGCGAUCCUGCAGGACAUAGGAAGGCUCACCCGGCUGCUCAAGCUAGCGGUGACAGGCAUCAGCAAGAAGAACGGCAAAGAGUUGUGCUCAGUCAUUGCCAAUCUUGGCUGUCUGGAGUCACUUUUAGUGCAGUCUCGAGGCGAUGCAGGUUUGCAGGGCUGCUUGGACGCCAUGCUGUCCCCUCCGAAAAACCUGCAGAGCCUGAAGUUGUAUGGGAAUCUGGUGAGGCUACCGGAAUGGAUCAGUGGACUCCAUAACCUCGUGAAGCUAACGCUGAGGAGCUCCAGGAUAUCGGAGCCUGGUGCCACCAUGGAAGCCCUUGGCAAGCUGCCGAACUUGGCCAGCCUGCGCCUGUGGGCGAAGUCGUUCCAGGGAGAAGAGCUCCGACUGAGCUUCUGCCCGGAGGCCUUCCCGAGCCUGACGGUUUUGUCGCUGAUCAACAUAGACGGCCUCAAAUCAGUGGAGUUCAAAGAAGGGGCGAUGCUUAUGCUUCAGAUGUUGUGGUUUCAGGAUAGGUGUGAGGAAGCCGAUGCAGGCUUGUUUUCUGGGCUGUCGUUUCUACCAAAUCUCAAGGAAUUCAUGCUGCACAAACAGACACACAAGGACAGCUUCAUGGAAGACGUGCGAGGCCAACUUAACAAGAAUCAAAAUGGGCCUGUUCUGAAGAGGUGGCAGUGAGGCGCUGAUGCAGAGUGAAUGUAUUGUGCAACAAGGUCAUUGCUCUGCUCCUUCCCUGAUCCCCUUGGUGUAUGCUAUCUCAGUAAUUGAUAGUGUGUGUGUGUGUGCUGGUCACAUGUCUCUUUUGGAUCAAAUGAUCUAUGCAGAAUUGCAGAUAACUAGAAUAGCUGUCGUGCUUGGCUGCAUCCCCAGCCAGCUGGAAAUGAACUAUGUUCAGUUCAGUAAUACUUUACUACAAAGACUGGUAGUGUAUGUAUUAAUGUUGGCAAAAUAGCCAAAUUCAUCCUGAACUAUGGAGCUCGGCUCAAUUUGGUUCCUGAACUAUGAAAAUGUUCAAUUUAAUCCC